AGUGGUUCUGUCGUUUGGGGACAAGAUAUAUAAUGGCGGAGUCCCUAACAGGACCCCCUGGUGUUAAUCCUGUGGAUGACACAAUCCGUUGUCCGAUAUGUCUAGAAGAGGUGAGAAAUCCAAAGUACUUGCCAUGUUUUCAUACGUUUUGUGAGACUUGCAUUCAAACUUUCAUUUCAAGUACGGCGGCACGUAAGGAUAACGAAACUCUGAAAGCCAUCGAAUGUCCCGUGUGCAGAAAACGUAUCGAAGCUACAAAUAAUGACAUUACAAGCGAGGAGUGGGCACUUGCUUUGCCUCAAAACAAACUGAUUGUGAGCAUGUCGGUAGAUCCCAAGAAAGAGGAACAUAAAGUCUGCAUGUUUUGCAAACGAAGUGACAAAAGCGUUAUCGCGAAGCAUUGGUGUAAAUCGUGCAUGGAAUCGAUCUGUGACGAAUGCAAAUUCAUUCAUUCGUAUGUUCCUAGUCUUCAGGAACACAAAAUCUUAAGCCUCUCGGAUGCACAGGAGUUAAAGAAUGACAUAGAAGUUGACGAGCCUUGUUCCGUACACAAGGGGAAACUUCUUGAGGUAUACUGCACGAAUCACGACAAACUUUGCUGCAGCAUCUGUUUUGCCACUGAACAUAGAAUGUGUAAGCAAGUACAGGCCAUUGAAGAUGUAGCAGCAGGGAUGAAUCUAGGCAUAGUUCAAACUAAACUGACAUUGUUCAAAGAUCUGCUGGAAAGUCUAGAAAAUUUGCAGGAAGAAUACAAAGAUAAAGCAACCGCACUAAACAGUAGGAAACAGGAAAUCGUUUCAAGCACUGAAAAGAAAGUUGAAGAAAUAAAAUUGCAGAUAGACAAGACACAUGCACUGUGGUUAAAAAGAUUUGAACAGAAACACACAGAUUCCAUUGGAAAUAUUGAGAUUGCUUCUGACGAGAUAAAACGGUUCGUGACUACAGUUCGAAAUGCAAACACCCUGCUACAAACGGUACAAGAAAAUGGAUCUGCAAAACAGAUUUUCAUCAGUAAUCACAAAAUGGGGUUUCAGAUUUUGGAACAUCUCAAUCGGUUAUGGGCUUUGGAUAUCUGGGACUUUGUCCGAGAUUAUAAUCAACGAGACACAGAUUUCCUUCAUCAGGUCUAUAAUGAAGGAAGGUUUCAGGAUGCCAGUUCUUCUGAAGUGCGAUCUACAGCCUUACAGAAAAUUUCAACAUUUGCCUCAUUACUGUCAGACAAAACGGAGGUUGUACGAAGGAGAGAAAUUAUGUGCCGUAAAGACUGGAUGAAAGUUAACUUUGAAAAAAUAUCUGAAAUGGACCUGCCCACGAUGGUUUAUUAUGGCUUAUUCAUAAGCGAUACAAAAGUCAUUAUGUCAAUGGAGAGCCCUCCUUCACUACAGGCUUAUGAUAUAUCUGAUGCUGUUGGCAAGUGUGUCCACACUCAUUCUUGUCAGGCCACUCCGUACGGUCUCUGUCAAUCAGGGGACUGCAUGGAUAAAGUCUACGUCUCUUUUGAAGACUAUAUUGAUUAUUACCAGGUCAAAGUCGCAGAAAAUGUAACAUUUAUCAAACUUGGUACCUUUCAUUUGAAGGAACCGAUGUUGGCCAUUUCUUAUGGAACAGCAGCCGCCUCCUCCGCUACUAACUCCACGAGAAUGAUUUGUUCAUCUGACUUUUCCGUCAUCAAUCACAGUUCAUCGUACAGAAAAGGUGGAAGUAGACCGUUUGUGUCAUCUUCAUUACGAUCAGAUCGCCAUUGUUUUGUAAGAGAAUCAGAAGUAGUUGUUGUGGACCAAAACAACAAGGAGAUAUUUCAGAGUUCUGUCACUCGUGGUUCUCCACGAGGAUUAACGUUUGACUUACAAGAUAAUAUCUUGAUUUGCUUGAAGAAUUCCAAAAUACAGCAAAUUAGAGAUGGAGGAACCGAGAGUAGGGUCAUUAAUUUGCCUGGUAUUGGGAAUUCCUACAACGUUGUACUUCAUCCUACAGGGGAAAAGAUGUUAAUGCUGGACAACUAUAGUAAAUGUUGUGUUUACAAAGUAUCAUAAAAUCAUUUCUCGUGUGAAACAAAACUAUGAGCUUACUAAUAUUGAAUUGCUGUUUUAAGUUUAUACUGGGUUUUUUUUUUUAAUUGUCUUUGUGAUUGAAAGAUGAGUUUGAGAUCUAUUUGUCUUUGUAUGUUGCAUGUUUUGUAUGGGGCAGAAGUAUGUUCGCCUACCCCCCCCCCCCCCCCCAUCUUCGCUAGCGAAGGGUUUACGAUCCGAUCCGCUUCUCUACAACACUUGGCUGCGUUAUAACGAUUUUCAUAGCUUUGAGUGGCGUCCUCUAGUGGAUGGAGAAAACAAACUGUUUGGUUUACAUCAUGUUCAACCAAUGAAAAUGCGUUUUUCAACUACACUUUGUGUGUUGUUAAAAAAAAUAGCCGCAACUAGUGAGUUACAAUGUUUUAUAUGUAAAUCAUUUAAAAUCAAUAAACUUAUUUCUCAUAGGCAAAGCCUCAUUGCACAGUCUACACACCCCCAUGUUGUAUGGAGACUAUGCAAAUCUGAUUAAAUGGAAGCGUUUUGAAGACAAUCACUAAUUGUUUACACAUUCCUUAGUCUUGCACGUGUUCUGACGUAACACACUCUCUGCAGGGAACUUGGCCUGCAUCCAAUCAUAUGCAGGAAAUUGUUGUCACGAAAAUCGUGCUAACGCAGCCAAGGGUUGUAGCGAAGCGGAGCGGAUGGUAAACCCUUGGCUGGCGAAGAUGCCUUCCCCCUCCUUUUUUGCUGAGUGUAUUCUUUAAACCGAAUCUCCUUACUACAUAUAUCUUCUUUUCAUAUACAUGUAUUUUAAGAAUUAAAAUCCCUGGACAAUCUAGAAAUUCGAUCACUUCUACCCAAUGACGUUUAUUGGUAAUUUCAACAUUAUAGUUUAAUUGAGAGAGCAAUCUUGUAGUUUGAUUGUGUAUGCGGAUUUAAUUCUAAUUGAUAAGGGCGUUUUUGUUUAAUCAUUUUCAAGUUUGGUCAUUUUCUGCCAUUUGGGAGAAUGCAAUCUCCUUUUUUAUGAAAAUUUAAGUACCGCCUUGGCUCGUACUCUCCUUGAAAAAUAUUGGAGAUCCGCCAAUGCUUCCAUCUGCCCCCCCCCCCCCCCAAAUAUAUUUGCAACAGUUGGCUGAAGAGCACACUGAUAAUCAACUAGAUAUGCAAUGUAACUUGAACGAAAUUAAAGAUAAUUAAUGUACAGUGUUU